CUUGGUCCACGACUCUUCACCACCAAAGUCUUCGCCUGAGCUCUCUCUCUAUCUCCUCUGCUGUUAACCCAGACGCCCAUAUCCAUCACUUGGCUCAUCUCUCUCUCAGGUAACCACACUCUUCAAACAAACCCAACUAGCAUCAAUCUGCUCUUAGUUCAAUUGGGUUUCCUUCAGUUUUGUGUAUUUCAUAAGCAUGGAUCCAAGUUUCUCUCAAUUUCCCAUUUUUAAUGAUCAAACCCUUCUGCCUGAUAUGUUGAAUGAGUACCCAAGUGGUGACCCUUUUAAAGAUCUUAGCUUUUUGGACCCAAAUCCCACUAACUCUGGUCUAUCAUCAACCUUUAGCCCUGAGGGAGAUGAUCUUGAGUUUUCUGAUGGUGUGCUCAAGUACAUAAACCAGGUGCUUAUGGAAGAGGACAUGGAGUCAAAGCCAUGUAUGUUCCAUGACCCUUUGACCCUUCAAGCAACUGAGGAGUCUCUUUAUGAGGUUAUUGGAGGAGGGAAGUGCCCAACUCCCCAAGACCAAAGCUUUCAAAACCCUCUUUGUUUUGAUCAUAAUGUACAGAGCCCAGAGGGUGGUUAUUCUUCUGGAAGUUUCAGUGAUUCUAGCUCUAGUCCUGGCCCUUCAAACGACUCAUGCCUGGUCAAUCCUCAGUUUGUAGAAACUAGGAGCUCUUUAAUGCAGAACCCUAUCCCUGAAAACUUUGUUUUCCAGUCCCCUCCCAGGGCUACCACUCGGUCGUCGUCAAAUAGGUCUGGAAAAGGGAAUGGGAAUGUGAUGGUGGGUUCUUAUAGGAGUGAGCUUAUGGUUUCUGAUGCAGUCUAUAAGAAUGAUUUGUUAUUACAAUUUAAUCGAGGGGCAGAGGAGGGUAGUAAGUUUCUUCCUAAAGGUCAAAUGAUUAGUGCGGAGGGCAACAGGACAUAUGUUGCGAAGGAUAGCAAUGCAGGAAAUGUGGUCAUCUCGACGCAGAAUGGGAGUGAGCAUUCUUGUGUUGGGUCAAGAGGAAAAAAGUAUCAUCGAAGGGAAGAUACAGAUUUGGAGGAGGGAAGGAGUAACAAGCAGUCAGCGGUUUAUAUGGACGAUGAGGAGGGUGAGCUGUCUGAUAUUUUUGACAAGGUGUUGCUCUGUAAGCCUGUGGAGAGUAAUGAUGAUCAAGUCAGUCAGAGUGGAGCAAACAAUGUCCUGCAGCAGGAUCUGCAGUCUGUUGAAAAUGAUAAUGGAAAGGUUCACGACAAGGGUCAACGCAGCACGAAGAAAGUUAUAGAUUUGAGGGCUCUUCUUAUUUUAUGUGCACAAGCAGUUUCUGUUGACGAUCGAGAUAGUGCUACUGAGCUACUAAGGCAGAUUAUGCAGCACUCUUCUCCAUUUGGUGAUUCUGCUCAGAGGUUGGCUCAUUGCUUUGCAAAUGCUCUUGAAGCACGGUUGGCUGGCACUGGAACUCAGUUAUAUACUGCUUUAUCUUCCAAACGAAUGUCAGCUGCUGAUAUGCUGAAGUUUUACCAAGCAUAUAUUGCAGCCUGCCCAUUCAUGAAGAUGGCAAUGAUCUUUGCAAACCAUAAUAUUUUAAAAGCAGCUGAGAAAGCAGACACACUUCAUAUAAUAGAUUUUGGCAUCCUUUAUGGUUUUCAAUGGCCUGCUCUCAUUCAUUGCCUCUCAAGAAGACCUGGUGGUCCUCCCAAUUUACGCAUUACAGGAGUGGAGCUUCCCUUAAGUGGUUUUCGACCAGAAGAAAGGGUCCAAGAGACAGGGCAUCGCUUGGCAAGGUAUUGCAAGCGAUUUAAUGUUCCUUUUGAGUACUAUGCCAUAGCCAAAAAGUGGGAAACUGUCCAAUUUGAUGACCUCAAAGUUCAAAGAAAUGAAGUGCUAGCUGUUAAUUGUCUGUGCCGAUUCAAGAAUCUUCUUGAUGAGACAGUUUUGGUAACCAGUCCAAGGGAUACUGUUCUACGUUUAAUUAGGAAGUUGAAUCCUGAUGUCUUUGUCCAGUGUGUUGUAAAUGGAUCCUAUCAUGCACCCUUCUUUGUUUCACGCUUCCGAGAGGCACUAUUCCACUUCUCUGCAUUGUUUGAUAUGUUUGAUACCAAUUUGCCUCGUGAAGAUCCCAUGAGAAUGGGAUUUGAGAAAGAGUUUAUCGGACGUGAAGUUUUGAAUAUAGUAGCAUGUGAGGGCUCUGAAAGAACCGUGAGGCCAGAAACAUAUAAGCAGUGGCAGGUAAGGAACUUGAGGGCUGGGUUCAGGCAGCUGCCUUUGGACCGUGAAGUCAUGAACAAAAUAAAGGAAAAGAUGAAAAUGGGGUACAACCCUGAAUUUGUGGUUGAUGAAAAUGGCCGCUGGAUGCUGCAGGGAUGGAAGGGCAGAAUUAUGUUUGCUUCUACCUGUUGGGCACCGUCUAGGACUGAUUUUGGGGGUUUUGAGUUAAACUCGAGAAUUCAAUUGUUUGUGAAUAUGGAUCCAACUUACCCUGGAACCCCUGAUUUCAUGAAAGACAUUGAUUUUGAGUCCAUGUUACCCAGUCCAUCUCAAUUCCCAGGAACCCCAAAUCAAUACCAAUUUAACCAGCUCUCUCCAGAUUUUGAGUUUCUGAGCAAUCAGUUUUCAAUUCCAUCUGAGCCAGAAUCCGGUGGUCAUGUUCCUCCAGUUAGUUUUAGCUCAGAGGGAGAGUCAGUUCUUCCUAAUGGAGGUUCAUCUUCUGUUCCUACAACUGUGAGCCCUGUAAUGGACUCUCUUUCCUAUGAUGAUGAUGAAGACUUCUCCGAAUCUGUUUUCAAGUUUGUAAACCAGAUGCUUAUGGAGGAGGAGGAGGAGGAGAACAUAGAGCCAGAGCAGAAGCCAAUCGUGUCAUAUGAUCCAUUGGGACUUCGUGUCACCGAGAGAUCGUUCUAUGAUGUUCUUGGUCAGCAGUAUUCCUUCUCACCUGAUCAGCGACGCCAACAACCACAGCAAUCAGUUAAAGUUGAUCAACCCAAUCGGCAACUGCUAUAUGAUGAUUCAAAAGUUGAGAGCCCUGAUAGUUGGUUUUCUGGAAAUAGUAGUGAUUGCAAUGCUAGUAGUAGUCCUAGUACUAACACUAGCAACUCAGUUGAUUUUCAAUCGCUCAGUGAUUCUGGAGAGCAGAAGCUAUCUGUUUUGCAAACCUCUAUCCCCACAGACAGUGUUUACCAGUUUAGUUCUCAUUCGAAUUCGCAGCUGUCUGUUCCUCUGACAAAUAGCCUGUCUAGCUUUGGUGAUGGGAUGUCGGAAUCCUCUGUAAAUCAGUUUCUUGCUCAGAAUAUAUAUACAGAUAGUGAGUCUGUGUUACAGUUUCAGAGAGGGUUAGAGGAAGCUAGCAAGUUCCUUCCGAAAGUUAGUCCGUUGGUUAUUGAUUUGGAAAGCAGCAGAGUGUCUCCAGAAGUGAAAGUACAUGCUCCAACUGUCAUCAUUAAGAAGGGAAGGAGUGAGACGAAAGACUCACCUAGUAGGCAGAGGGGAAGGAGGAACUCGCUAAAUGGCUCAGCCUCAACGGAAAGAAAGAAGUCACCCAAUGGGUCAAGGAGAAGGAAGAAUCACGAGCGAAAUGAUGUGGAUUCUGAAGAAGGGAGGAGUAGCAAGCAGUCUGCAGUUUAUGAGAUGGAGGAGGCGGAUGAGUUAUCUGAAUUUUUUGACAGGGUCUUGCUUUUUACCGAUGAUUGGGCAAAAACUGCUUUAUUCUGCGACAAUGUAGAUGUGCAGAAUGAAGCAAGCAAAAAUUUACAGCCAAAUGGACAGCUACUGACUUCAAAUGCUGAAGGUGUGAAGGCUCGUGGUAACAAACAAGGCAAGAAGAAGGAAACUGUGGAUUUGAGGAGUCUUUUGUUGCUGUGUGCACAAGCUGUGUCUACCAAUGAUUUUAGGACCUCUACUGAACUACUAAAGCAAAUUAGGCAGAAUUCUUCUCCUUUUGGCGAUGGAUUUCAGAGGUUGGCUCAUUGCUUUGCAAAUGGCCUUGAAGCACGAAUGGCUGGUGCUGGCACAAAAACGCAGGUGGAUUAUAUUUCCAUUGCUUCCAAAGGAAAGGCUGUUGAUAAGUUGAAAGAAUACCACAUUCAUCUUUCAGCUUCCCCUUUUAAGAAAAUGGCAAUAUUCUUUAAGAACAAGAUGAUUUAUAAGGUGGCUGAGAAAGCAGCUACCCUCCAUAUUGUAGAUUUUGGUAUAAUGUAUGGUUUUCAGUGGCCAAUCCUUAUCCACAAGCUUUCUAAGAGACCUGGUGGACCUCCCAAGCUACGAAUUACAGGGAUAGAGGUUCCCCAACGUGGAUUUCGCCCAGCAGAGUGGAUUGAAGAGACUGGACGACGCUUGGCAAGAUAUUGUGAGCGCUUUAAGGUUCCUUUUGAGUUCAAUGCUAUUGCUUCACAAAAUUGGGAAUCCAUCAAAGUAGAGGACCUCAAGGUCGAGAGGAAUGAGGUGCUGGCUGUGAAUUGUAUGUUACGGUUCAAGAACCUACUGGAUGAGACAGUUGAAGUGGAUUGUCCAAGAGAUUCUGUUCUAAAGCUAAUCAGGAGUUUGAAACCAGAUAUUUUUGUUCAUACUAUCAUUAAUGGUGCAUACAAUGCCCCUUUCUUUGUCACUCGAUUUCGUGAGGCUCUAUUCCACUUCUCUGCCAUGUUUGAUGCGUUUGAUGCUACUAUGCCUCGUGACAGUCCAGAGAGGUUGAGGGGUGAAACAUUGUUCUAUGGCGUGGAGGCGAUGAAUGUGAUAGCAUGCGAGGGGACAGAGAGGGUUGAGAGGGCCGAGACAUACAAACAAUGGCAGGUACGUUGUCAAAGAGCUGGUUUGAAGGUGUUGCCAUUGGACCAAGAGCUACUGAAGGCGUUUAGGGAUAGGGUGAAGGAAGUGUACCACAAAGAUUUCGCAAUUGAUCAAGAUUGUGAUUGGAUGCUUCAAGGAUGGAGGGGGCGAACAGUCUAUGCUUCUUCUUGUUGGGUGCCUGCUUAGGAGUCUAGCAAAGCAUUUUCUUUCUUUGUUGUAUUUUUUUUUUUUUGACGUUCUGCAUGUAUAGAGGAAUGCUAUUUUAUAGUUAAAGUGGAGAAAUUCUAAUA